CGCGUAAAGUAUAGUACGUGGUUCCAAAUUUUUAUUUUGACGUGUUGAAAUACCGCCCUCUCCCUCGGGUCCGCCCACCGUAGUCAUACACGCUGUAGUUGAUUGAUUUAUUAAAAUUGGCCUGUACACAAUUAAACUUGAUACUCCUUGCUUGCUCGCUAUGAAAUACUUGGUUUUGUUCUUCAUUUUGCAUCUGUCACAAUCUGAAAAAUCGGAAAUCAAUGUUGUGCUGAAACAUUGCACCUGCUUUAAAAACGAUAAGUAUGUUGAGAAAAUGACUUCGAAACGAAAGCCAAUCAAUCGUACGACAUCAAUCACAUCGAUGGAUAUUUAUUUUCGACCUGCUCUGGAGUUGGACGCUCCUUUGCAUGUUGAAUUUAUUGCAAACAAAAAGUUCACCACCCAGUACAGACCAUUCAUGGUAAACCUAAAGUACGAACUAUGUGCUGCAUUAAAGUUUAAAAAUCAUCCGUUGUACAAAAUUGUUUUUGACAACGUAAAUCGAACCGAAUCAAACAUGUUGGAUCCGUGUCCUUUGAAGGGUCACCGAUUUGUGAAGCCUUACUACACAAGCUACACAAAAUUGCCUCCAUUGUUACCCGUUGGAAUGUGGCGGACUGAUGUUAAAGUAACAAAAGAAUUAGACAACCGAAUCGAAGAAGAAGUUUUCCGAUUCCAUGAUUAUUACGAAGUUACUGCGAAGGGAAUCAUUGAAUUUUAAAAUUUUCGGACGAAAUUCCUGUUUAGCUUGCACACAUUAUCG